AUGGAAUCCCCUUCGCUCCGCUGCCCAUGCUGCCAGCUUGACCAGCACCCGCUAUACUGCGCCUCCUGCCUCCGCGAAGGUAUUGCUCUGCACAAUGAGCUUUUGAGUAAUCUCCAAACCAGGAUUGAUUCUAUAGUCAGCCAGUCUGCUAGGCUGCUAGAGAGUGGGUCGUAUGCAGCAGGACCGUCUCGCGAGAAGAGUCGAGGAGUCGGCGCUUGGAGAGAAUUGAAGGCGGAAGUGGCGGAUAGGGAGAGGAGAUGUGCCGGGCUGAGGAGCAAGAUUGCCGAGAAGGAAAUAGCCACUGAAGAUGCUCGUAAUCGUGCGGCUCAGAGCGCCGUUCACCAGCGCCGCGAGACCUUGUCCAAAGUCAAGGCUUCGUCAUCUCCGGCUACGUAUCUACAGCAAUCCAUCAAUAGAGCUCGGCUGGGUCGGCAAGACGCGACCCUGCGCAUUAUACAUGCUCGGCAGGUACUCGUACGAGAAGCUGUGGCCGUGUUCGGCCUUCGCAAGCGACCAUCUGGAGAAUGGGAGAUAGCGGGAUUGGUCUUGCCUGAGCCUGAGCAAUUUCGGUUACAUUCAUCGUACAAUAUAAAUGCGGCCCUCCUCCACACAAUUCACCUGUUGUCCCUCGUUACAUCCUAUCUCGCCAUCGAUCUGCCUUACCUCCCCUUGUCACCACCACCGUUGGAGAAACCCCAUAUCGGCCGGCCACUGAUCAAACCCAACCUUCCCUUCGUAUCUACCACGAAAUGGCGCGAUAAGCAUGUCUUGUGGAUGUCCAGUACGGCUUCUAUAGCGAGCAAGCUCAAAACCCGAGGCGAGCCACCAUCUUCCGCCAAGCUGCUAUCAAACCCAACGAUCGCGGGCAUUAUCGCAAAGUCUAGCAGCAAGCAAAAGCAGUUCUUGACUUCUUUUGCGCUGUUGGCAUUCUCGGUAGCAUACCUGGCUUGGUCUCAGGAUGUCCCGGGAGUUGGGAUCAAAGACGCAGAUGAAUUGUCGCCUACCGAGUCGGACGACGAGACCCGUUCCCGUCCCCAAUCCUGCGCCGCCCCAGACAGAAGCGCAGUCCUCAUAUCCGCCACCUCCAUCCUCCACCUCAUCCACGCUACCGCCCUCUCCCCUACGCUUGGGCACAAGUCCCACGCGCCGGGUGGGACGCGGCAGCUGGGCCACUUGGGGUUUGGGCUGGAUGUGGCGAAAGUUGUGGGGACGGUGUUGAAGGCGGAGGAGGGCAAGUGGGGUGGCAGGAGAGGGAAUGAGGGGGAGGUGCUGAGUGAGGGGUGGGAUAUGCUGGAUAAUGGAGGGAUAUGA